GCUGCCUACUACGCUCGUGUCGGCAGCUUUGCCCCCACAGCGGAAAGGACCAAGGUGGGCUACUGCAGUAAGCAGUUUUUCCCCUGUUUUGCCACCUCAAGGUCAAGCUCUCCUACUUACUGUCAGCAGCUUUUUGAAAGGAGGUUGCUGCAGGAAAGACCUUCCACAGAAAGUAUUUUAUUGCCUGUGCAGUGAAACAGCUUGGAUGUGCAGAGUCAUGAAUAUAUGAAGUAAUCUGGAAUACAGAGGGAAAAUUUAGUGGAAUCCCAUCUUCAGCAGAAUUCUUUAUUGUGCUGUCAACAGCUAGCUUCAAAGUCAUGCUAAGAAUUUUGUUUUCUCCUGUUACCCUAUAGAGAAUCAAGUCCCAAAUACCAUUUGGUGUGCUGUAGUGUUGGUUGGAGUUAGUAAGAAAAGAACUGCUUGCCAAGCAUGUGUCUGCAUGCUGUCAGAUCUGCUUUUCUUAAAGGGAGAAAAACCUUUCUAGUUCAUGUUUGUGUCUUAUACUUGACUGUAUUGCAAAGGAAGUGAUGGUAGUGUUGGGAUUUGGUUAUAGGUAGCCUUAUUUUUCACCUAUAAAUAGGUUCUAGCAUAACUGAGGUGGUGUAAAGAGAGUGGGAUAACUUCUUUCCUUCUGCUUUGCUUGCUUUUUAUUAUGCUGUUUAUGUAGGGCAAGACCCUAGGGUAGCUUUGAUCUUGUUACCGCACAUUCUUUGUGGCCCAGUGUUAUAAACAUGAAUAAACUUCUUAAUUCAUGCCACUAGAUGGAACUGGCCUGUGCUUAUAGAUACUUGUUUAAAUGUGAAUUCCAUAUUGACUAUUGACAAAAUGAAUUACUAGCUCUCUGUGGAAGCUUGGCUUUUACCCUCUCAGAGUAGUGUUUUAUAGGCUGCUUUGUUUUUUAUGCAAUGUGUUUUAAAAGAGAAGUGGUAUGUUGCCAAUUCCUUCCAGGUUUGGCUUUUAUUUUUUAUGUUGCCUUGCCUGUAUAUUAGUUAGAAUGCUAUUUAUUACGUUCCUGCCUUUAAACCACCGUGAGUCUUUUGGUGAUGUGCACACGUCUGUCUUUCUACAAGGGGGUAGACAGUCUGCUUUCUUAAAUUUCACUUCACGUUAUCUCUUGUACCUUUUUUGAUGUUCGAGGUUGAAGUGUGCAAGUUCCUUUCUAGAUGAACCAGAUUUGCCAAUGGAGAAUGCUGUCCUUACAGUAGUUUUAUGGCUUAUCAAUUGCUUUUGGAUGUAAAAGCAGUUCUUCAGGUGGCAUUGGGCAAAGCAUCAAGUGAGCUGUUUGGCAUCAAUUUGGCAAAAGACUUCUGUUCCUCUUGCUAGCCUGAUUGCCAUGCCUGGGCAUUGAUGCUUCUGGGUGCAACUGUUUAAAAUGGCAGAGAGAGGCGGAAAUGAAGAGGUAAUUCACUUAAACAGUUUCCGUAGCCACAGAGGGAAAGACUGGAUAAACCGCAGAGAUGAAGGUCUUAUCACAAUAUCGGAUUCCUCAGAUGAAGAAUUACCUUUGUUGCUGGAAACGCCAGCCCAGCAACGGCAUGAGGAAGAUGAUGAUGAUGUAGUCAUCUUGGCAGAGACCCCAAAACAUCAGCAACUUCUGCGUCCUAAUGUCAUCAGACCUGCUGCUCAGUGGCAGGGGGCAAACGCUGUAGGAGAAGGAGGCUCUAAAGGUGCUGUAGGGCCCUUGAGGAGCAUAUAUCUGCAAGAUGAGAUCUCAACUCUGCUGUGCCAGAGAGACCAGUAUAAUCGUAUGGUGGAGAACCCUGCUGGACCAAGCAGGGAUGAGAAUAUGAACCUUGCCUUGCAGCAGCCCGGACCCUCGGAGCCUAAUGCCCCCACAUUUGAAAUUAGGAGCAACCAGGAGCCUGGGCCAAGAUUUUUUCCAGUAAUAAAGACAAGUCCGCCACUUGUUGACAGGGGAAUCAUUAAUCUGGAGAAAGCAGACUUUCCACCACAAGCAGAGGAAAAGGUGGAAGCCCAGGGCAGGCAAGGAGAGGACUCAGAGCCAGAGCUUCUAGAAAACCUCAGAGGAACAGCUGCUGCAACCCCUGCAGGUGGGCAGGUGAUCCAAGAGAACAGCAGAUUGGAUCACCCAUACAUCCAGCCAUUGGAAAGCGAGCCGCACGCUGUAGUAAAUGGCUGUGCUCCUCAGCAAGGCCAGCCUGAAGCAGACCCAGGAUCUCUGAGGGCUUAUGGAGAGGAGGCUCCUGGGCCAGCCUUCCCCAGACCUGAACCACAGCAAGAUGGGAUUCCAGGUCCUGCUUCACCUCAGCCAGCUCAUCCACCAGAAGAAACGAGGGGUCAGCAGGCAGCAAUGGACAAUGAGCAGCCAGGUCCAGCAUUCCCUGGACGGAGCUCACAUGAACUUGUCUCUAGUAAUGUGCCAGAACAAGGAGCUGCUGGGCAGGACCAAGACCUCACUGCACUGCUCAUCAGAGAGACGGAAGCAAGAUUUCCAGAUGUGAAGAAGGAAUAUAUUGAAGAGCUAAUCAGCCUGAAGAACUGCUAUGACUUAAAUGUACUUUGUAACUUUCUCCUGGAAAAUCCAGAUUACCCAAAGAAGGAAGGCAGAGUGGUUUUAAAUCCCAGCAGCAGCCUGCUUGCCAGCCAAGAUGAGACAAAGGUGCCUAAAGUGGACUACUUUGAUUUUUCCAAACUUGCCCCACUUGAUCAGCGGUGCUUUAUUCAAGCAGCUGACCUCCUCAUGGCAGACUUCAAAAUGCUGAGCAGCCAGGACAUUAAGUGGGCACUACAUGAACUCAAAGGACACUAUGCAAUUACGCGAAAGGCCUUUUCUGAUGCCAUCAAGAAAUGGCAGGAGCUCUCUCCAGAAACCAGUGGGAAAAGAAAAAGGAGGAAAGAAAUGAAUCAGUUUUCAUAUAUAGAUUUCAAAUUUGAGCAAGGUGAUGUGAAAAUUGAGAAGCGGAUGUUCUUCCUGGAGAAUAAGAGACGGCACUGGAGGUCCUAUGACCGGCUCUCACUUCUCCCACCGGUGCUACUAGAACAGGAAUUCUAUGAGCAGAAAGUUAAAGAGAUGGCAGAGCAUGCGGACUUUCUCCUUGCUCUGCAGAUGAACGAGGAGCAGUAUCAGAAGGACGGCCAGAUGAUAGAGUGCCGCUGCUGUUAUGGGGAGUUUGCAUUUGAAGAGCUAACACAGUGUGCAGAUGGUCACUUGUUCUGCAAGGAGUGCCUAAUUAAAUAUGCUCAGGAGGCAGUCUUUGGCUCUGGGAAGUCAGAGCUCAGCUGCAUGGAAGGGAGUUGCACGUGUUCAUUCCCCACCAGCGAGCUGGAGAAGGUGCUUCCGGAGAACAUCCUCUGUAAAUACUAUGAGCGGAAAGCUGAGGAGGAGGUGGCUGCUGCCUGUGCAGAUGAGCUCGUCAGGUGUCCAUUUUGUAACUUCCCAGCUCUACUGGACAGACCUAAUCCCCGCUGCAGAAAGGAAACAUGUCGAAAGUGUCAGGGGCUGUGGAAGGAGCACAUGAACCUCACCUGUGAGCAACUGGCUGAGAAGGAUGACAUCAAAUACAGGACAUCUAUAGAAGAAAAAAUGACGGCUGCUCGAAUUAGGAAAUGCCACAAGUGUGGGACUGGCCUAAUUAAAUCAGAGGGUUGCAACCGCAUGUCCUGUCGUUGCGGUGCUCAGAUGUGCUACCUCUGCCGCGCCGCCAUUAACGGGUAUGACCACUUCUGCCAACACCCCCGGUCGCCCGGGGCACCCUGCCAGGACUGUGCAAAGUGCUCUCUCUGGACAGAUCCCACGGAAGAUGAUGAGAAGAUAAUCCAAGAGAUUCAGAAAGAGGCUGAAGAGGAGCAAAGGAAGAAAAACGGAGAGAACAGUUUCAAGCGGAUUGGCCCUCCUGUGGAAAAGCCCAUGGAAAAGAUCCAGAGAGUUGAAGUCAUCCCCAGACCUGUUCCUCAGAACCUCCAUCAGCCCCGAAUGCCUCCUUACCCCUUUGUGCACCCUCCCUUCCCGCUACCUCCUGUCCGUCCCAUUUACAAUAACAUCCCCCUCAACAUAGGCCCUAUCCCCGCCCCCUAUGUGCCCCCUUUGCCUAACAUGAGGGUGAACUAUGAUUUUCCCCAGAUCAACGUUCAGCUGGAGCACAACUUGCCUAUGCACUUUGGCCCUCAGCCUCGGCACCGGUUCUGACCUGGUUCAAAUAGCACUUGGAGUAGAGUCACUGCAGGGCAAAGACCCCCCCCCCCCCCCCCCCCCCACCACCCCC